GAAGUUCAUACCAUCUGGCCUUACCAGCCUGGAGUUUACCCUGCGCAACACCGAGGAUUUCCAACAGGUUAUGGGCCCCGGCACGAUUAGACUCUGAUUACGGUAUCUCGACUUCUUAAAUUCGCCCUCAUUCAUUACCUACUAUGAGCAGCGUGACCAACAGCCUUCUGGGCUCUGUCCCGAAAUUCACAGGAGACAAUUACCAUUCAUGGAAAUUUGCAAUUUCAAUGGUACUCCGAAGGACAGGUGCAUGGGAUAUACUAUUGGACAAGCUUGAUGAAUCCAAACCUGCAUCCCAGAAGAAAACAAGAUCUGAAGAAAAGGAUGACAAGGACAAAGCUUCCAAGCUAGAUCAAGCACUCACUACUAUUGGUCUGACUGUUGACACAAGCCAGUAUCAAUAUAUUGAGAAUUGCUCAGAUGGUGCCAAAGCAUGGAAGGCUCUCAUGGACGUUUUAUGAGAAAAACAGCCGAGCUAACCGCAUUGCCCUGAAACAUCAAUUUUAUGGCUU